AUGAAUCAAUAUAUUGAUAGAUUAUUGGAUAUAUCACUUCUCUUAAAAAAUAAUCAACUCUAUUUUCUAGAAUCUUCUAAUAUAUUCUCAGAUUAUUUAAAUCAUGAAAAAAAAUUACAUAAAAACUACAUCGAAAAUAAUGGUCUUAUUACAAGUUUAAUUAAAUUAUCAAAUAUAUCAGAUGAUGCUAAAAAAAAAUUUGAAAAUCAAAGAUUGGAAAUAUUACAUAAAUUGGAAGAUGAAAUAAAUAAUUCAGGAUUAUCAAAUAAUAAAAUUGAAGAAUUAUAUAAAUUAAGAAAAAAUAGAUUAGCUAAAUUCGCAAAUAAUAAAAUCAAACAAUUAGAAAAUAAAAUUAAAAUAGCAAAAACUAUAGAGGAUAUAGAUGAUAUAUUUAAUGAAUUAAUCUAUGAUAAAAUAUUACCAGCUGAAGAAAGGGAUAACAUCACAACACUAUCUCAAAAUAAAUUAGAAGAAAUCAGAGAUAUACUUAUUAAUGAAAUUAAAAAGGAAAUUGAAAAAAGCAAUGAUGCAAAACAAUUACUCGAUAAAAAACUAGAUGAAAAAAUUAAAAAAUUAAAUUUAUCAGAAGAUGAUACCAAAAAAUUAGAAAAAAUACUAAAUGAUAAAAUAUUUUCUAUUAUUAAAAAAAUAAAUGAUGGAUUCUUAAAUAAAAUAAAAAAACUACAAACUAAAAAAGACCUAGAUAAUUUGAAAAAAAUAGUAACAAAACAUGAAUUAUUAUCUAACAAACAGAAAGAAAUUAUCAAAAAUAAUAUAGAUCAAAAAAUAACAGAAAUCAAAAAAGAUUCACAACCAGAAACUCCUAAUCCUAAUGAAGAAAUACUCAUUAAAGAAAUAGAAAAAAACAUAAUAGAAAUCAACAAAGAUAAUGUAGAAAAAUUACUUGAUGAUAAAGAUAUAGAUAAAAAAAUUAAAAGUUUAAAUUUAUCAUCUACUAAUAUUAAAAAAUUACAAGAAUCAAGAAAAAAUAAAUUAUCAAAACUCAGAACUGAAAUAUAUGACCAAUAUAUCAAUAAAUUAAAUACAGAAAAAAAUAUUAUUCUAUUAACUAAUUUUAAUAAUAAUAUAAUUAAAAAUAAAGUUCUAACAAAUAAACAAAUUAAUGAUAUAUCUACAUUAAUAAUAGAAAAAAUAACUAAAAUAAACGAAAAUAAUGAAAUAUAUGAUAAAAUUAAAAUAGAUAUUAAUAGAUUUCAGAUACCUGACAAUUUAGAUGAUUUUAUCAAAAAAAACAUUGAUUCUUUUAAUGAAGAAUAUCUAUCUAACAAUAGGGAUAAAUUAUCAUUAAACAAAUAUUAUAUGGAAAAAUGA